AUGGAUUAUUCGAAUUACCAACUCGGCAUGAUUACGAUACAACAAAACAAUGCUGCUGUAUCCAAGUUAAAGGAUGGCAAAGUGAUCGAUGCCUUUCAUCUGCUAUCGAAGGCUUGCCAAGGUGCACAUGCAGCCAAAACGGAGGAAGAUUCCAACUAUGAUAGGAGCUAUCGGUACACGUGGCUCGAUUGUUCGAGAGCUCUUGCGCGUAGAAUGAACGGGACGAGAAAGUUUAGUGAUGGUAGCUUGCCAUUCCUCUUUCUUCAAUUUUUGUGGAUAGAACCACCAGAAGGAUGCUAUGCCGUGAGCGAGGAGAAACAAACUUCAGUCCAUGUGCGAGGGUUUAUUUGGGUGUUAUGGUACAAUCUUGCCAUUGUGUCAAUACUACUAGGAAACCCAGUUGAAGCCCGUGGUAAUCAUUUGCUAACACAAUCCCUCGAUUUGUUUCGCUUGGUUCAGAGUGUUGUGGAUCCUCAACCAUUUUCAAAGCAUUGGUUGAUACUCAAGCUGUCAAUUUUGAACAAUGAGGCAUGUGUACUCAGUGAUCUCGCGGAUUCUCACCAACGCUUGGACCGAUUGAUCCAGAUGGGUCUAGCACUUGGCAACAUGUCGCACCUUCUCGAUCCCCAAGAUCGAGAGCAAUUCGUAUGGACGGUCAAGACGAUGGCGGAUGACCGCUAUGCUGCAGCAGCUUAG